AUGGCUCCCAACUUUUUCCGAUAUGUCCUGAGUACCUUGACUGUUUCGGUAGAAGCAGGGUUUUCUCUCACCAGUAGCGAACUCUUAGGGCUAUUUAGAGCCCGUGAAUCCACAGCGGCGGGUAUUUUUUCUAUGAACCCUAUCUUUGACCGUAACCUGAUCGACGGAAUGCCCUCGCAUGAUGGGCCUUGGAGGAAAUACUGGUUCUUUUUCCGAGUCAAUCCUCACUCCGUCCAAGAUGGUCAAACUCAUCCCCUCGAUCCUCCUUCUGAAGAGAAAGAUGUCUCGAGCCUGAAUGCCCGUGAUAAAAGAAAAAUCCUUGCCAAGACUAAGGCUCUUAAGGAUCAAUUAUCCGAAAUUGGGAAAAAGAAAUGGAUCGCCCCAAUCUCAAGGGUUGGUAACUUCCACAUGAAGACCCUCUUGGUCGAUGACGGUUCUUUAGAAGCAGCUCUGUCAAUUGCGGUGGAUUCUCACGGAGCCGAGAUUCCUAACAACCCUCCAAUUGCUACCGCUAUUUGCCCUUCCGUACAAGAGAGAGAGAGAGAAGUUACUUCUUCUCCUUAUACAAAGAGGAAAGCUCCAGACUCAGAUACUUUGUCAAACGAGAAACUCAAAACCGUCAGAUUUAGUUCUCCGUUACGAGCUCCUAGCCCUUUGCAUUCUGUUUUUCCUUCUUUGGAACCUUUAGACCCUGAGCUCCCUCUUCCGAGCGACAUAGUAAUUCCAGAAGAAAUCGAUGAAUUGAGACCAGAGUUUCCUUCGUCUCAAGGGUUGAGUGUUAGUACUGAAAACCCUUCACCAGCUUCGAUUUCUGAAACUGGCGGAGAAGAGAUCGGGGACAUCUUCCGGAGUUUUCAAACUAGGGGAGGGGCAUCCCUUCCCCCUUUUUCAGUUUGGAGGCCGGAAAUCCGUCAGAUGUACGUCAAUCGAGCUUGCCACCUAUCCCAGGCGUUUACGGAGACUAAUGGAAUGAUCUUCCAUUAUGAGAAUCUUCUUCACCAAGCGAUGAGAGAGACCGCAAAGGCUAAGAAGGAGAUCAAUGAACAUAAACUAGUCAAUCAGUCUAACCGACUCGAGCAGGCGAAAGCCCUCGAGUCGUACUUCGAGAAUAUGAAGAAGACUUUGGCUGCUAACGAGCAACGCCUCAGAAUUGCAAAUGCUGAAAGAGAUUCUGCGAGGUCUAAUGCUCUUCGCUUGAAGACUGAGUUAGAAGAGGCUACGGCUUUGUCCGAGGAAGCGAGCCAUAAGGCCGACUUUUUAGCAAAGACUAGGGCUCGCGAGAUCGCUGAAGCCGAACAUAACGCUCGAGAAGGAAUGAGGGGCUUCGGUAGGCAACUUAUUCAGUCUAUCAUGAAGUUUAUCAAAGACAAAGAAGUCUGGACUAAACUUCAAUCCGAUCGAGCCGAGCUGAAGAGUAAUCUAGACCUGAUUGGGGGACUAGAGAAUGGAAGAGUUUCGUUCGAGAAUGAGAGGAGGGAAGUUACUGCCGAACUCGCUGCAGUUAAAUCCGAGUUAUCCUCGGCUUCCCGUCCUACUCUCGAUCAGAAACAAUUUUCUUUGGUAUUUGGAGAUUCCCCCUCUCAAUUUGAGGUUGACGAAGGUUCUCGGCCAUGCGAGGGUUCUCCAGAGGUAGAGGAAAGCUCUUAA